AUGGGGACCCCCUCGGCGCCCGAGAAGCCCCGGCCCCUCGAGGGUGCGGCCGCGGGGCUGGGGGCCUGGUGGCGAGGCCGCAAGGCGCCCCGGUCGUCCGCGCACCUGGCGUUCCACCUCGACUCGCGGUUCGCGUCUGGGGAGGUUUUCACCGCCCAGCCGUUGGGGUGCCUCUUUGCGCAGGCCUUCCACACGCCCGGGGCGCUGGAAGUCAUGCAGGCGCUCAUUGUUCCAGACGAGACGGACGAGCAUGCCAAGCUUCCUUGGCAGGUUCGGCUGCGGCCCGACCAGGUCGGCGCCACGUACGGCACCGCCUUCGAGGACCCGAAUGCGUCGGGGCUGGCGUGCUGCCGAUGGGCCUGCUGCGGUGGGCGGACUCCAACGAGAGGCCCUACGUCUGGACCAACCCCAGCUCCAGCACGGUCCUGCAGGAGGGCGAUCUCCUCUUCGUCCUGGGAGACCGCUACUACGGGAGCCUCGCCUUUGAGGCCGGCCUGCUGCCCCUGUCCGGCAAGGGCGGCU